AUGGCACCUUCGAACAUGGAUUACCACAACGAGUCGGAAGUCGGCGAGAGCUACACCCACAAGAAGUUCAAGACCGCGGGAUAUACGCACAAGAAGUUCGGCAAGAAGAGCUCCAAGGAUAUCGUCCCCACAGCCAACGCCACGCCCCUGUUCCGGCCAUACGCCCUAAGCGAAAAUACACCACGCAAGCGGCGCCAGGAGACGGAGCGCGAGGUUCUCCAGCAGCAGCAGCCAUUGCACCAUUAUCACUCAUUGCCUCCCACGCCACCCACCACACCACCCCAGCUCCAGCAACAUCCGCUUCCUGUCUCCCAAGUUCCUGUCACCCAGGUUCCGGUCACCCAUUCACCGGUCAUCAAUCACCAGGCAUACGCCUACAUGCUUCAAAAGCAACGCGCAGUGCUCCAGAUGCGUCAACUGCUCAACAUCAAUCCGGAUGCCAACACCUGGCCACUGGAAUGGCGCCAGGCCCUCCAGGCUCUGCUGCAGCAAUAA